AUGUCUGAUUCAAAGGGCUCGUUUGAUCCGACUCUCGCGGUGUCUAAUAUCUGCAACCAUAUCUCCAUAACUCUUGACAUAGAGAAUGUUCAAUACUCGACAUGGGCGGAGCUUUUCAAAAUUACCGCACGUUCUCACAAGGUCCUUCACCAUAUUAUUCCUCCUGCUAAUGGCAAGGCGAAGGUCCCUUCUACUGAGGAUGAAAAGGAAUUGUGGUCGACUCUUGACGCUACGGUUCUCUCUUGGAUUUAUGCUACCAUCUCCAAUGAUCUUUUGCAUACAAUCAUUGAACCCGAUGCUACGGCCAUGGAUGCUUGGAACCGGUUACGUGAUAUUUUCCAAGACAACAAAAAUUCCCGUGUGGUAACCUUAGAGGCCGAAUUCUCCAAUACUAAAAUGGAGAAUUUUCCAAAUGCAUCGGCCUAUUGUCAGUAUCUCAAGACAAUCGCUAAUCAGUUGAAAAAUGUUGGAGCACUGGUAUCGGAAAGUCGGCUCGUCAUUCAACUUGUUUCCGGCCUUACUCGGGCCUAUAGGGGUGUGGGGAAAUUGAUACGACAAAGUGAUCCUCUACCUCCAUUUUAUCAGGCUCGUUCGAUGCUUACACUCGAGGCUGCCAUGGGCUCCGAAUCUGCAAUGGUGGCUGCCUCGCAUUCAGAUAUUGAUGAUGGAUUAUCUUAUUCGGAUCAAUCACAGGGCCGAGGAAAACAAUCCGACAACCGAAAAAAUGGUGGUCGGAAGUCCAGCAGUGCUGGUCGUGGUUCCGGCGGUUCCAAGCAAGGCCGUGGUGGUGGCCCGAAGCAGCAGCAGUCGGGACAGCAGCCGCAGCAGCAGUAG